GAGCCACUCUGCCUUCACCAUGCAGACCAGCAGCCUCUUCUCUGUUGGGUUGCUUCUUACCCUGGGGAUCCUGGCAUCUUGGACUGUGGAAGGUUCUAGAAAUGAUGCUAUAAAAGCUGAAGCCUGUCCCUUCAUAAAACCUGCCAUGUGCCUUAGAUACGAGGAACCCGAGUGCCGGAAUGACUGGCAGUGUCCCGGGAAGAAGAAGUGUUGCCGUGGUCUCUGCGGUAUCAAAUGCCUCGAUCCUGUUGCCAUCCUGAACCCAGUGGAGAGGAAGGCUGGGCGGUGCCCCAUGGUCAAUGCCAAAUGCCUGAUGCUCAACCCUCCCAAUCACUGUGAGACCGAUGGCCAUUGUGACAGUAACUACAAGUGCUGUAAAGGCAUGUGCGGGAAAGUCUGCAUGCCCCCAGUAUAAGCCUGAUUCCUGUCCAUUGGAGAAGGCUACAGCUGUGUGCUCUGCGUAAUCUGGAAACUAACUAUCUGCCCUCAAGUUUGGACCCUGUGAGGAGGACUUGGUUCUGUCACCAACACCUCCUUUUGGCACGUGCUCUGCACACAGGAGGCUUUUAAGAAAUAAAGUUGAAGAAUAAACAAA